AUGCGUAGGCUACGGGAACUGACCCAACGGAUUUGGGAAUCGCAUGAGGACAGUGGUACUAUUGGGUCCAUAGAGCUAGACGUGUGGCUAGCCCAGUUAACUGGACUGCCGCUUUUGGAUAUCAAGACCGAGUCAAAAUUCCAGAGAAUCCGCAUCCUCGUCACCAGCUACGUUGUAUUGCCGUGCCUCUUUUGCUAUGUGUGGCUCGAAAUAUAUGACCUGGUACUCAAUUGGAAUGACGUAGACGUGAUGACCCAAAACGUGGUGGAGACGCUGACCCACUUGGGUUACUGGUUUAAGGUGUUCAACACUUUUUACCACUACGGGGAGAUAAAGCAGAUCAUUUUGAAGUUUAGGUUUCUCACCAGAACUUGCGUGCUAUCCUCUCAGCAGAAGAAGACCUUUCACCAAGUGGAGGCGGAGAGCAAGCUGGCCUGUCUUACGUACUUCUGUCUAACCGUUUUUUCAUCGACAAUGGCCUUGGUCAUGGUGUUAAGUGCUCCAGACGAAAUGGCGGGUAAGCGAUUCCCGUUUCGCGUUUAUAUGCCAUCCUGGAUGCCUCCUGUGGUACAACAUGUAUACAUGGGUCUCUGUCUGUGGUUUGUCUGCUGCGGUGUCACCACCAUCGACAAUUUGAAUGUGCUUUUAAUGAACCACAUCUGCCUGCACCUCAAGAUUCUUAAUCUGGCCUUCGAGGCCCUGGAACUUGGCCCGGAAAAGCGGGUAGAGGUUGAUCCGCACCACUGGAUGGAAUCCAUUGUCAAAUAUCACUGCAGUCUGAUUGAGUUGCGUCAGCGAAUGGAGCGAGUGUACAUGCUGCCAGUCAUGUUUCAGUUCGCAUCAUCCCUACUCGUGGUGGCCAUGACGGUAUUCCAGAUGCUAUUGGGUGACGGAUCCAACAGCUCGGUGCUCAUGUACUUUCUGCUUGUGGGAUUACUGUGUCAGAUAUUCCUCUACUGUUGGUUUGGCAACGAGGUUUUCGAGCAGAGCAAGACGCUUUCCAUCUCCGGAUUCGGCUGCAACUGGCUCCAGUUCGACGUUCGGUUCAGGAGGUGCCUUCUCAUAUUUAUGGUAAAUGCGAGCCGACCAUUCCUGUUUACGGCAGGCGGAUUCAUGGGUCUCACCCUAACGAGCUUCGCUAACAUUCUGGGAAAGUCCUACUCCAUUGUGGCAGUUCUGCGGCAGAUGUACGGCAGGGCCCAAUAAACUGAGGCUCUAAAUAAACCCAUUACUAGGUCGAGGGUUCCCUUACUCAGAAGUAGACAAUUCGUUUAACCGCACAAUGAUAAUUGGCUGUCAUAAAAUGUGCUUACAUAUUUUUAGUUGAUUUUUGUUGAUUGUUUUUGGCGUGUAACCUAAUAUUAUUUCACAAGCUGUCAUUAUUUUGUUGGUCUCAGCUUUAUGACUCGCACAGUGAAAAAAAAUAUAUUUACAAAGCCAAUAGUGCUUUUACUAAAUA